AUGACGAUUUGCAGCUUUUUAUGUGGACUAGGCUACAGCCAGUCAGUUUUACAGCUAAUCACAGAGGAUGACAUUACUUGCUUCGACACUGUAUCAGCAAGGGAUUUGAAUUAUCCAUCCUUUGCUCUCAAAGCUCCACGCCCCAAACAUCACUUAAGUGGAAGCUUUAAAAGGACUGUUACAAAUGUUGGAUUACCGAUGUCGAUAUAUAGAGCAAUUAUGACAGUACCUAAAGGACUCAUUGUUUCAGUAAACCCCAGUGUUUUGUCGUUCACUUCACUGGGAGAAAAAAAAACAUAUGUUCUCACCAUAGAAGGAAAACUAAAGAAGUCUAUCAACUCGGCUUCUUUAGUUUGGGAUGAUGGAAAUUUUCAAGUAAGGAGUCCAAUUAUUAUUUUUGAUGAACGAGCAGAGAAAGGCGAGAGUACAAAAUUAUAUUGUAUAAAUUUUAUUUAUAUUGUAAUUUUUAAUUUACUAUUUUAUAUCAUUAUUGAAUAAAUGGUAUUCUUUGUUCAAAAGAAAUA